CGGCGGGGCGGGGUGGGGGAGGGGGCGCGCGCGAGCGCGGGCAGCUGCGGCGCUGGGGGUCGUGAGGGAGCGGCGCCGCCGGGGGAGGCCGCCGCUGCGCUGGGGGCCGCAGCGGGAGCGUCCUCGGCCCUUCACCGGCCUCGCGAAGCUCUUCUUCUUCCCCAACGUGGAUUGGCCCUCAUACGAAUUGUUUUAACCAAACUCAGCCAUUUUGCUAUGUUUAAGAGAGUUUUCAGCUGAAGUGGUAAUGGAGCGACAUUUGGGGAUGGUUAUCUAGGGAAGCGUUAUAAAAAAAAAUAAAAAGUAAUCGCUGCUGUAAUUGCUGCUCAAAUUUUGACAACUCUCAGCAGACUUAAACUAAGCAGGAUUCUACUCCAUCGCUGAAACUAGCAAUAUGUCAUUAUUAAAAAUGUAACAGUAUUGUGCUGAUGCAGUAAACAGUAGUUUCUCACUUAGUUAAGACUGUUUAUAUAUAUAUAUAUAUAUAUAUAUAUAUAUAUAGUGUACUUUCUGUUUGUAGAUCAGAUGCUGUGAUGACAGGGUGAAUGAAAAGGUUCGCUGGGCUCAUGCUCCCCCCCACCCCCCAGCCAGGGUUCUCAUAAUUAGCGGCUACUCUCAUUAGUGGUUACAUAUUAGCUCGCCACCUGAGCUGCUUCAGAGCCUCCUGUUUCAGUGGGUCAACACCGCACGUCAACCGCAGCAUCCGAGGGAUGGUGACAGCCUGCAAGGAGCCCCGCUGCUGACGUUACUAGCCAACUCUUUAAGAGCUGCCACCGUGAGUGCUCCUAGGGAAACACCAGUCCCUUUAACACUGUUGAGGUGACUUCUGUGUCAGCAUCUCGCUCUUCUGGGAUUCAGCAGUGGCUACGAAGAGGAAGGCGGAUGUUUCAGCUAAACGCGCUUAGCCAUUCGUGGCAGUGUUGAAGGCACAGAUGUGGCAAUUAUGAGUUACAUAAAGACCGAAAGUUUUUAUCCUGAAGACACGAAACUCCUAACUGUGAAAGAAUUAAGAGAUAUGGGAUGAAUCACCUUCAGCAGAGAUCAAUAAAAUAUCCUGCUUACGUCUUGGACCGCGUAAUAAGUGACAUGACGUUAAACUAGGCCCCUUGUGCGCACGAUGGACCGGAGCUCUAAAGACCUGGCUCUUGCCAGGGAGGCAUACGAUGUCACUACCAGCCAAAAGAUGUGGAAGACCCCCAGUGCUGUCCUUUUUGGAAAAGAAAAAGAGGAAGCAAAGCCUUGAUAGAAGAAGGGGGAAAACAAGGAUAUACGUAGGAAAUCAUAUUGACCGAUGGCUGACGCUUAAGGAAAAACUGGAUUUCAGAAAUGAUGCAGAAGUAGCGGGAUUUUUACUGGACUUAUAUGACAGCUAUGACCCAUUGGCAAAAGCUCCAGUCUGUUCUCUCCCUGACGGUGUGAGAAGAAUUACUGUGAAAGAAGAAAGAUCAUUGUCAGACAACCCUUCUUUAAUAGCAGCUGAUGGAACGUAUGACAAUGAUGACCACUUGUCUAAGGAGUCUGCUUGUUCUGGACCUGAAGAUGUGAGAAUUGUAACCGUGAAAGAAGAGAGAGAGAUGCUGCAUGACUGCUUGUCAGCAGAGACAGAUGACACCUGUACUUUCAGGUUUCCCAGCACAAACAUCAAGAUAACGUUCACAGCUCUGUCCAAUGACAAAAGAGAAAAACAGGAGGCCCCGGAGUCCCCAGUGAAGCCUGUGCAACCCCAGAUCUCUCCCUUAACAAUAAACAUUCCAGACAACAUGGCUCACCUGAUCAGCCCUCUCCCUUCUCCCACAGGAACUAUCAGUGCUGCAAAUUCCUGCCCAUCUAGCCCCCGUGGUGCAGGCUCUUCAGGGUACAAAAUGAGUCGUGUAAUACCAUCUGACCUACAUUUAAUGGCUGACAAUUCACAGUCAGAAAAUGACAAGGAAGCAUCGGGUGGAGAUAGCCCAAAGGACGACUCUAAGCCACCUUACUCCUAUGCACAGUUAAUAGUACAAGCAAUUACAAUGGCACCUGAUAAGCAGCUUACACUAAAUGGAAUUUAUACGCACAUAACUAAAAAUUAUCCGUACUACAGGACAGCAGACAAGGGCUGGCAGAAUUCAAUACGUCACAAUCUCUCUCUGAAUCGUUAUUUCAUCAAAGUACCGCGUUCCCAGGAAGAACCAGGCAAAGGCUCAUUCUGGAGGAUAGACCCUGCCUCUGAAAGCAAAUUAAUAGAGCAGGCUUUUAGGAAAAGGCGGCCUAGGGGAGUACCUUGCUUUAGAACCCCUCUGGGACCACUCUCUUCUAGAAGUGCCCCAGCCUCUCCUAAUCACUCGGGAGUGUUGUCCGCACACUCCAGCGGAGUCCAGACCCCCGAGAGCCUGUCCAGGGAAGGAUCGCCGGUCCCCAUGGAGCCUGAGCCUAGUGCUAUCCAGCCAAAACUAGCAGUAAUACAAGAAGCGCGAUUUGCACAGAGUGCCCCAGGGUCACCUCUCUCUAGCCAACCGGUUUUAAUUACUGUACAACGGCAGCUACCACAAACUAUUAAACCCGUCACCUACACUGUUGCGACUCCUGUGACGACGACAACAUCCCAGCAGCCUGUAGUUCAGACAGUUCAUGUUGUUCACCAGAUACCAGCUGUGUCUGUCACAAACGUGAGCGGAUUAGCACCAGCAAACACUUACACUGUAGCUGGACAGGCGGUAGUGACACAAGCUGCGAUGGUAACCCAGCCCAAGGUGGAACCUCAAGAGAAUGGAGACCACAAGGAAGUAAAAGUUAAAGUGGAGCCUAUACCUGCUAUUAGUCAUGCUACAAUAGGAGCUGCUAGUCGUAUCAUUCAGACAUCUCAGCCCACACCCUUACAGACAGUUACUAUAGUGCAACAGGCACCUCUAGGUCAACACCAGCUACCAAUAAAAACUGUAACACAGAACGGAACGCACAUAGUACCUAUCACCACUGCGAUACAAGGACAAGGCAACACUGCUGCUGCGAGUCCUUUGCAUAUGUUAGCAACCCAUGCAUCUGCCUCGGCAUCUCUUCCAACAAAGCGCCAGAAUGGAGACCAGUCAGAACAGCAGGAACUCAAACGUAUCAAAACGGAAGAUGGAGAAAGCAUAGUCAUAGCUGUUAACGUGGACACCCCGUCUGUGGCAGUGAGUGAUAAAGGCAGCCAGAACUAGAAACUUAGAGGAGUUUUGUUUUCUUUUUUUUUUAAAAAAAAAAUAAUAAUAAACUCCGUGGUGCCAAAAGGAGACACUUAAACAUAACACCUAAAAUGUUGGAACAUGUUCUCACGCAGUGGGGAAAGGGGCCCUGUGAUCAGACUUCAACCUUCAGCACUGAAAAAAAACCCAACACAGGUGGCCUUAAAACUUGGUAAUUUAAAGUCAAACUGCAAACCAUCUUGUUCCAGAGGCUGUGACCCCCGCUCCUCCCUGCCCCCUACUGAACUGUGUACACUGAGAAAUACAGUGUUGGGGAGGGCUGCAGCUUUAAAAAAAUCUUUAUCAGAUUAUUUUAAGGACUGAGUAUCUCAGUGUAACGGCAGCAUGAUAAGCGCUUAGUGUGAACUGGUUUCAAACGAUUGUAUAUUCCUUAAAGGGAACAGAGGCAAGGAGCCAUUUCCUACAUCUUGGCAGCUAGCCUUUCAUAAUGACCUACCCGAUGCAGUUGUUGGUAGAUAUGCAGUAUUUUGUUGUUCACAUGUGGAAUUAGAAAUUUUUGAGGUGUAUUUUCAUUUCUUUGCAAAACAAUGGGGUCUUUGACAUUUCAAAUCACUCCAUUUCUACUCCGGAAACUUUGGAAUCACACAAUACUUUUCAUGUGAAAUUUUGUUUGGUAAAAAACUGAAUGUAGGGUUUUUUUUAACCAACGGAAUGAUUUACUUUUGUCUGUCCUGUUAAAGUUCAGAUAAAGCUACUUUAUUACAUCUGCAAAUUUUCAUAUUUUAGCAGUUGCCUGAUAAAUUUAAUCAAAUUUUAUUACCAUGUGUAGUGAUCAAAUGCUUCUUCGGGCUUGCAUGUAACUGAUUAGAAAUUACAAUGUAAAUGAGCCGUUAACUGACGUAAAGAACUGCUAUGAAUUUGACCAGAGCUGCACUUAUCUGUUUCUCUUUCUGCUACCUUUUGCUGUUUGUUACUUUGUGUUGACUUUGACUGUCCCUGGCAUAUUUUUCCAGUCUAAAGUAAAACAAGAGUCUCGCUUAAUAUUGUGUAUGUUUAAGAUAACAGACUGUUCUUCAUUUAGAAAAGAUAAAAAUUCUUUAUCACAAGUCCUUUUAAAAAGAGAGUAAAAUUAUCUUGUCAGAGGUAUAUUCGAUAUUUUUAAGCUUAAGCACCCAUCAGUAGAAAUUAAUCCGACCAGUUUCUCCGUAACACUUUUGAUGUCAUACACGGACCUUUUGGGGUCUCCAGUAAGAGUAGCUGUUGUGGUUUUCUAACAGUGGCUACCAUAUUAUUAUAAUAAAAAAAAAUUUUUUUUAAGUGUGUGUUCUGCAGUUGAACAUUUUAAAAUGUAUUGGUAAUUUCUCAUGUUAAAUGUGGUAAUAGAUUCCACUUUACAUUUCAAAAUUAAAUUUAAACAUGAGGCUGCUGUUCAGUCUUUAAUUCACAUAACGUCUUAUUUCUUCAUGCAGUAAGGUGAGUGAAAGCUAGAUAGUUGGCUUAAUUUUGAAUUCUGAUUUUGUCAUUUUCUGUAAUAAUGAUGCAUUAUUUAUAUUUCCUUUUCCACUACAAAAGGAAAAAACUGUAUUUUUCAUGAUGGACUGAACAGUUUGGAGUGGUUUAUUUAGGCAGCUUUUGGGAACUAUUUACCUAAAGACCAAAUACAAGAAAUCUGUAUUAAGUUUUGUGUUAAUCCACAAAAUGGAGCUGUUACAAUGUCUCUGCAGAUAAUACAUAUUAAAAAAUUAUGAAAAAACUCUACACAAGCUGAAUUUAUAACAGGCAUUUAAAAAAUUAUAACCUGAAAAGAAACGUUUCUGUAAAACUGCAAGAUUUUCUUUAGAGGUUUUAAAAAUAAAAAAGUAAAGUUUUAACAUACUUUUUUUAAGAAACAAAAUCCAGUACUAGUAAUUUAAUUUGGUGUUGAAUGAGUUGACUAGAAUGUGGUUUAUUUUCAGAAGUGAGAAUCUGUUCACAACUAGGGCUAGGUGAAUAAUAGUGUAUAAGAUUUUUUUAAAUAAAAUUAAAUUUUAUUCAGCAAAUUAA